GCUGGCUGGUGCUGGCUUGCGUUUUCAAGAAUUUAUCUUCUGAAUUUUCACGAAGUGAUUGUCUGAUAGUGCUUCUAGUUCCAAAUCUGUAAGUCCUGUGAGCCGGAGUAUCCAAGCUGUCCAAAAUGACGGUGGACGGCGACGAGAAGCCGGAACGCGAUCGCGUUUUCAUGGACAUAACGAUUGGAGGCCUACCGUCCGGCCGGAUUGUUUUUGAGCUGUACAACGAUGUUGCACCCAAAACCGCUGAGAACUUCCGCGCCUUGUGCGCGGGAGACGCCGGGAUUGGGAAAGUUACAGGGAAACCCCUUAUCUAUAAGGGUAUGCUGUUCCAUCGAGUGGUGAAGGAUUUCAUGAUCCAAGGGGGAGAUUUCACCAAUGCCAAUGGGACUGGAGGAGAAUCCAUCUAUGGAGGCACCUUUGAAGAUGAGACAUUUGAGCUUCCCCAUGACAGGCCAUAUUUGUUGUCUAUGGCCAACAGAGGCAAGGACACCAACGGCUCACAAUUCUUCAUAACCACACAGCCGGCGCCUCAUCUCGACAAUGUCCACGUAGUAUUCGGAGCGGUGGUGAGCGGCGCGAUGCUGGUGCGGCAGCUGGAGGCGCUCCCCGUGGACCGCAACUCGCGCCCCCUGCAGGACGCCGUCGUCGCCAACUGCGGACAACUAGUGCGGCUGAAAGCCAAGAAACGCAAGGAUAAAAAGAGCGAGGAAAGCGAAGCAGAAUCUGAGAAGUCGCAUAAGAAAGAAAAGAAGCGAAAGAAGGACAAAAAAGAGAAGAAAAAGAGACGUCAUCAAUCAGCAUCUGCAGACGAGGGUGAAAUCACCGAACCAGCUCAUCCCCUCGUGCAGACCUCUAAAAUAGACCCUCGCGAGAUCCCAGAGGUCCCCACCAACAGGUUCCUCAUGCGGGAGGCAGGGACAAUGAGAAGGGAUAAUGAGAGGGACAGGGAAAGAGAUAGGAUGCGUUACCGUGAAAGAGAUCGUAACGCCUACACUCGCAGUGGUCGUAUCAUCAAAGGACGAGGCGUUUUCCGUUACCGUACGCCAUCCCGCUCUCGCUCCCGCUCGCGUUCGGCGACCCCGCCCCACUGGCGUCAGGCUCAGCGACGCAUCAUCAAACUGUCAGAAUUUGAGAGAUCGGAACAGGAGCGCGCAGACAGGGAACACCAAGAAGCGAAGAGUAAGCCGAGUCGGCCGGACCCCAAACAUACUCGUGAGCGCGCGGUAUCAGGCGGCACUCCGGAAGGUCCCUUCGAAGAGAAAGAGGAGGGCGAAUGCGAUACUACUUUGGUAAAACGGUCACGUCACGAGAGAAUCGACUACAACGCUCUGGACUUCGAAGAGGACAUAGAACAUGAUGAAGCGGCGCCGCACGCGCCGCGCCGGCGCCGCUCCCCGCGCCCCGCGCCCGAAUCGCGCGCCGACAUGCUCGCUAUGGCGCUCGGCGUCGAUCCGAAACACGACCAAAGGGAUCUAGACUCCCGCCAUCCUCGCCGCCGCCUCGGCCCCGCCUCCACCGUAGUAGCCGCUGCCCCGCGCCUAUCAUCAGCAGUUGUCGCUGAACCCACGCGGAAACAUGCUCCAAGCCAAGAGGAGAGGAAGCCAGCUGAUGGAGAAUAUGACCCCUUCUCCAUGCUGAGGAGCACGUUCCAGGCUAACAAGCCUAAGGAACCUGCCAGAAAAGAAGAACGUCCCGAACCCCGCCGAGAGCGUCAUCAAGAGAAAGAAAAAGAUCGCGAACACAAAGAUAAGGAACUAGACAGGAAAGAGAGGGACGAUAGACGCGACAGGCACAGGAGCGAGAAAGAAGAUCGCAAAGACAAGAGGGAAGAGCGCAGCGAACGUCGCUCGCGUUCUAAAGAAAGAAGAAGUGAGAAAACUAGAGAAAAGUCCGAUGACAGAAAGAGAAAAGAUAGUGAGAGCGGCAGACGCAGCGAAUCUCGUGAUAAUAGAAAGAGCGACAGAGAUAGAAAACGCAGCAGAUCCAACGAAAGAGUGAGAAGAGAUACAGACCGAAGUGAAGAUAGGAAACGCAGCAAAUCUAACGACCGGAAAGAUAGAAGACGUAGUAAUGAAAGGGAUAGAAAACGCAGUAAGUCCCACGAGAGGGAACGAGAUAGGAAACGAAGCAGAUCCAAUGAGAAGGAAAGAGAUAGGAAACGCAGCAGAUCCAACGAGAGAGACAAAGAUAGGAAGCGCAGCAGGUCUAUUGAGAGGGAAAGAGAUAGAAAACGAAGCAGGUCCAACGAUAGGGAAAGAGAUCGGAAACGUAGCAGAUCCAAUGACAGGGAAAGAGAUAGAAAACGAAGCAGAUCUAAUGAUAGAAGAGCGAGAAGGGAUACGGAGCGCAGCGAGACGCGGGAAGAGGAUAGAGAUAGGAGUGAAAGGAAGAAGCGAUCCAGAUCCAAGUCUAGAAGCACCUCGCCAUCGUCUCGACGCGCCAAGCGUUCAGCCUCGGGAGGCAAGUCGCCUCAUGAGGAUAAAAAGAAGGUGGAGGAGCGUGACGAGGCGCGCAAAGAGCUGAUGGAGAUCGUGCGACUCAUCAAAUCGAGACAGAAGGACCGCGAAACCAAAGCCCAAGAAGCUCAGAAGAAACGACGGUCGGGGUCCUCUGCAUCUGAUCGCAGCGCCAGUCCGCGUCGCCGGUCACCGUCGCCGCGCCGCCGCCGCUCGCGCAGCCCGCGCCGCCGCCGCUCCGAGGACCGAUAGCGACAUCUACUUUAAAACUCUGACAUCUCCGAACAAUACCCACCAAUACAUACAAUGCUUGUUUACAAGAUUCACUACACAUCAUCAUCAUCCUCCGGCAUUUGCCACGGCUCAUGGGAGCCUGGGGUCCGCUUUGACAACUAACUCCAAGAUUUGGCGUAGGCACUAGUUUUGCGAAAACGACUGCCA